AUGAUAAGUAGUGAAACUAGUAGUAAUGACAACAACAACCAAGAUCAAACAAGUUUAAAAUCAUUGAAUGAAUAUAUUGUAUUGAAUCAAACCGAUCUAUUCAUCCAAAGAUUUGUUUUCAACAUUGUAUUAUCAUUAUUUAUUUGUCUAUGUAUUACCAACAACCAUGACAUUCAACCUGUAAACUCUCAAGUAUUAUCUUCAUCAGAGUUAAGUUCGGCACAAUGGAUCGUUCAACAAUACCAACUGUCUGUAGCACAAGACUCGAACUCUAUGUGUAUUAGUUCAUUUUUUAAAUGUGGUACUGGUACUGACGGAGCAUUUCACUUGUUAGCAGUUAAUGUACAACCUAGGAUAUUACAGCCAUCAGGAACACCAUCAAACACGUUGGUAUCACUUGAUCUGUCACAAGUAACAUCAAUCGUAUUUCAACCAUUCACUAGUAUUGUCACUGAUCCAUCACUUGACAUUAUGAGCAAAUUAAAGAAUAUGCCACUCUUACAAUCAGCUCAAUUUAUUCAUGACACCACUUUUACAACCAUUCCAAAUGAUUUCAUGAUUGGUAAACCUAUCCUAAACAGAAUAAAAAUUUGGAAAACCAAGACCCAAAGUCCAACAAAAGUUCUCAAUAGUCGAAAGAGCCCAAAUCCAUUCAGAGGGAUGAGCACUUUGGAUAAUAAAUAUUGUGAAUCAAAGGACUAUGAAGUGUCUGGAUUUCAAUGCGGUACUGAUCUAGCUAUCUCUAGUUAUAAUGAAUGGGAUGGAACCAUGGCUAUUUGUUGCACACCAUUAUCAAACUUGAAUAACUAUUUACCAUCCAUUUCAGGUAAUAAAUGGGGCCUGUUCAACAUUAAUGGAUGGACACAAGAGUUUAGUAGUAUGACGAAAGAAAACAAAAUUACAAACACCCAUGAAAAACUAGCCAUACCCGCUUUAUCUGACCCGAAUCAUCCCAAUGGAAAUCUUCUUUGUCUUGGAGAUUCAAAUCGAUCUCCCUCACAGUUCAAUCAUGCAGGAAAUAUUAUUGAAAGAAAAGUUCGUUGGAUACGAUGUGUACCGAAAACUGGAAUUGGACCAACCGGCUUGGUGGGCCCAGCCACCAACCCAGCCGGAAUGUCAAACAAGAGCCAUUGGGGUUUUCACACCAAAUCUCUUAUUUAUCUGUCAGAAAAGAGUGAACGAAAAAAUAGGUUUAGUACGACCGAAAUUUCUCGUGUAUUAAAUUCGGAUAGUGAAUGGGAUCCGCAUGAAUGGGAUUCUGCGGAUGAUUAA